GGCCGGCUGGCUGGCGCCAUCUUGCCUCUUGCCAAUGGGGGCGGAGAUUGCGCUGCACAGCGGCGGCCUGUUGCGACCCUUUCGGAAGCAUCCGUCUCCAUCCGCCCCUCUCCACGCCAUGAGGGCUUCUCUCUCCAUCUCCGUCUUGCUGUGCGGCCUCUUGGCGUCGCUGCGGCCGGUCCAUGGUGGCGAGUCGGCGCUGGUGAACGAGGAUGUGCGGCGCUCCAUCGACUUGGGCACCCACUUGGCCAAGAUCACGGCCGAGUUGACGCUGGCCAACGGCGGGCCCUCGGCGACCUCCUCCUUCCUUCUGGCCCUGGAGCCCGCCCUGGAGAACCACCUGGCCUAUAUAGGAGUCACCUUAAAAAAUAACGAUGAAGAAGAAUCCUCAUUGAAUCUGGAAGAGACUGUGGUCAGAGGGCAGAGUGGCAGGUUCUUCAACGUGAGGUUGGCAUCGAGCCUCGCAGCUGGUGCCAAGGUGAAGCUGGCCAUCGAAACCACCUUCACUCACGUGCUGCGGCCCUUCCCAACACACAUCGCCCAGGCCGAGAAGCAGUAUGUGGUGUUUGAGGGCAGCCACUACUUCUACUCGCCUUACCCCACCAAGAGCCAGACCACCCGGGUCAAGCUUGCCUCCAAGAACAUUGAAAGCUACACCAAGCUUGGCAACCCCAGCAAAUCCGAGGACUCCAUCGAUUACGGGCCAUUCAAGGACGUUGCUGCCUACAGCCAGGACACACUGAGACUGCACUACGAGAACAACAGCCCUUUCUUGGCCAUCGUCAGCAUGACACGCCUGAUUGAGGUAUCUCACUGGGGAAACAUCGCCGUGGAGGAGACCAUUGACCUGAAGCAUUGCGGCGCCGUCCUGAAGGGGCCGUUCUCCCGCUACGACUACCAGAGGCAGCCUGACAGUGGAAUAUCCUCCGUCAAAUCUUUCAAGACCAUCCUGCCUGCUGCGGCCCAAGAUGUAUACUAUCGGGACGACAUUGGGAACAUCUCCACCAGCCACUUGGUUGUCCUGGAUGAUUCCGUGGAGAUGGAAGUCCGCCCUCGCUUCCCGCUCUUUGGUGGGUGGAAGACUCACUACGUCAUUGGAUACAACCUGCCCAGUUACGAAUACCUGUACAACUUCGGUGACCAGUACGCGUUGAAGAUGCGGUUUAUGGACCACGUAUUUGACGAUCAGGUGAUCGACGAUCUCACCGUGAAGCUUAUUCUGCCGGAGGGAGCCCGGAAUAUUCACUUGGACACUCCGUACCGGAUCGACCGGCAAGCAGAUGAGCUCCACUACACCUACCUGGACACAUUUGGCCGCCCAGUCAUCACUGCUCACAAGUCGAACCUGGUGGAGCAGCACAUCCAGGAUAUUGUGAUCCACUACACCUUCAACAAGGUCCUGAUGCUACAGGAGCCACUGCUGGUGGUGGGGGCGUUCUACAUCCUCUUCUUCACCGUCAUCAUUUACGUCCGCCUGGAUUUUUCCAUCACUAAGGACCCGGCGGCCGAGGCCCGGAUGAAGGUGGCCUCCAUCACGGAGCAGGUACUGACACUGGUCAACAAGCGUCUGGGGCUGUACCGCCACUUUGAGGAUGCGGUCAAUAAGUACAAGCAGUCCCGCGACAUCGGCACGCUCAAUAGCGGCCGCAAGACGCUGGAGACGGAGCACCGCGGCCUCUCCAGCGAGAUCGCCUCUUUGCAGUCCAAGCUCAAAGCCGAGGGCUCCGACCUUGCUGAGAAGGUGGCUGAGAUCCAGAAGCUGGACGGCCAGGUGAAGGACUUGGCCCUGAAGGCCAGUCAGGAGGCUGAGCGCCUAGUGGCCGGCAAGGUGAAGAAGGACGCCUACAUCGAGAGCGACAAGCACCUGAGCUCGAAGCGGCAGGACCUUGUGUCCAGGAUCGACACCAUCCUGGACACCUUGUAGCGCCCGGCUUGCCCCUCGCCCCCCCCCCCCCCCCCCCCCCCACGUAACUAAAAGAUUGGAUGGUAUUAAAAUUAGCUACUGAGUUUAUCUCGUGUGUAACGAGGAUUCAGUGUGUCUGGGCUGACAAGUGGUGGUUCCUUCUAACUCACUGCAGGGUGGGCAAGUGUUUUGGUUCAUUAUUUUUUAUCCUCCCAGCUGAAUCAACCCUCUGUGUCGGUCCAAGGAUGGCAGAUGGUUCCUGGCAUCAGACGAAUGAUUGGUAAACCGAGGUGGGACGGCGCGGAGAUGUGGCUGUGAAAAUGUCCAUGUUAACUCCCUCAGACGGACCAUUCCCUCCUUCUUGUGAUCUUCUGUGAAUGUUUUUUUUUUAAAAUGCUUGUAACCGUGGUUUUGCACUGCGAAUCGACCCAAACUCUCCGGACACUAGAUGGUGCUCUGCUGUGAUGGAGGAGGGGGGGGGGGGGGGGGGGGUGUGGUGGGGGUGAGAUUGUGUCCCUCUCUUCCACAAAGAGAUGCCAAUUGUAAAUUCAAUUAUUUGAUUGCUUAAUAAUUAAAAGGACAUCUUGCCGUC